AUGGAGUCCGGUGAGAGGUUGGGUAUCGGAGUCGCACAUUCGGUCGAAGCGGCGGGAGGGGCAAUGAACGGGACAAAGGAGGCACAGGUCACCGUCGUUUGUCUGAGAUAUGCAGGAGACCCUAGCGAAUGCGGUGAGCGUCCAAUCCUCCCAGUCGAUAGCGAUGGUGUCGCUAUUAAUGUCAGCGGUGGUCCGAAGAAGCGACCCGGGAUAUAG